AUGGCAAGUCAGCAUAGCCCUUCCAAGACACCGAAUCGACGCGUGCUGGGAAAUCUCCCUCCGAGUGCCAUAAAUACCCCCCAGAACCUAGCCAAGGCAUACGAGGCAUCCGGACUCACUCGCGCUCAAAGCCAACUAAAGCACGUUACCACCCACACCCCACCAAGAUUUCUAGACAAAGAGAACUUUGCGACUCCAGACGCGUCUCAAAAGGGUAAAAAGAGGGGCAUAGACCAGGUUGAUAGUGUCGAAACGGCCCAAAGUUUAAAGAUGCUCACUCGCUCUGGCGACAAUGGUGCCGUUGAGACCGGCAUGCGCCUCACCGCCGAAGCCAUGCAAAGACAUACUCAAAACAACCCCAUCGGCCUCGCAGACCCAGGCUCGCCCACCGAACGCGCCACGCCUUCUCCCGAACCAGAACACAUGCAACAGUCCCAAAAGAGCAACCAGUCCUUCUCCGACCUCCUCAACUAUGAAAUGUGCGCUAGCCAGAAGAGCGAACAUGGGACAAAUGUUAUGCCACCACCCCCCGUACCCGCCCCAACAUCCUCCCAAGAGAAGAGGCGAUCACGCGCAGAACAGUUGCGCACGCGUCUCAAGUUUGGACUAUACAAGGUCAAGACAAACCAAGUGACCAAGCGCGAUGCCGACAUUAUUGGGACAUAUGAAGCCAGGACAUGUCAGGCCAGCGAGCCUCACGGGUACUCAUACUCGUUGGACGCGCUCAACGCGUCGAUACCAACAACUAUCACGCCAUCACGAGAAUCUCUCGACGCCUAUCGCGUUCCCAACAUUACAGUUUCGUCUCCACGACGCGAACAGGCGCCUUCCUUUGUACAGGCAAACCUCGAUCCAUUUCGUCCCGUCGGUAAACUUGGGCCGGCACCAGUCCAAUUUGCCAUGCCCAAAGACAAUUUCCAAACUUCUUCACGAACAAUACAAGGCUACGAGCCUUCGUCCUCGCCCCCAGGCGUAUCAUUACCCAACCAUGACACGCACCAACAAUACACAUCACCAGAUUAUCAGACAAGUCGUUAUCAGGCACCUGCUGCGUCCGUGGUGUCAACGACUGGAUACGGACCAAGGAAAGAAGCGAGGCAAGACACUGCACACCAAAGACUACAACGUCUCAAAGAGCAACAGUACAUGGAUAGCAGUAUAGGCGGACUGCAAGACAAUGCGGCCAAGGGCCUUAUCCAGCUCAUGCAAGGAGGACGGUAG